UCCCUGCUAACUUCUUCUGCGUUUUUUAUUUAUGCCAUGUUCAAUGAUUAUUUGAUUACUGAUUAUUUGAAUGUUUUGUGUUUUAAUUUUUUAUUGAAUGAUUAUUUGAUUACUAAUGAGCUCUAGUUCUGCUGUGUUGCUAUUUUUGUGUGUUGUGAUUUUUUAUUCAAUGAGCUCUGGUUCUGCUGUGUUGCUGUUUCUGUGUGUUCUUUAUUUUUUAUUGAUAUGCAUCUGAGUGAUAUCACCACUGUAAGUUAACUACUUGCCCUUUCUCUAGUCCAUAGUAUCUUGCAAUUGUAUCUGUUUGUAGAAUGUGGGGUAGCUGACAACAAAAAAGCUUCAAACCAGAAUAAUAUAAUAGUGCCUUGUAAUGUGAACAAUAAUUUUGACUCUUCAAUAAAAUUUUAUGCACAAAAAACAUGUAAUGUGACACUGUAAUGCAUCAUUUAUGCUGUGUUCUGAAUUUUUUAUUUCUGAAUAAUCAUUGAUAAGUUGUGUUGUUGUUGAAAUUAUUGAUAAAAAUGGUUUUGCUAUGCUGCUGCUGUUUUUUAAUUUCUGAGUCUGCUAUUUUUGAAUUUUUGUUGAUAGAUUUAUUGAUUUUAGGGUUUAGGGUAAUUAUUUGUUGCUGUUUUUUAAUUUUUGUUGCUGUUAAACAAAUUGCUUGAACUGAAUUGUGUGUUUCGAGGUCCUCUGAAUCCUGGAUCUCUUUCCAAAUUAAAGGUUUUUACAUUGAAAAAUUACCCUUUUUAAGAACCUUUUUUUGCAAUUGGGCUAUUCAAUAUCUCUCAGCUCCAGAAACUGAAAAUUCACAGUUGCUUUAGAUUAGAAGAACUUAUUCCAUUCACAGAGAUCGGUGUGGAUAUUCUUCCAAAACUGGAGGUGCUGCUGCUAGCUAACUUGCCAAGACUCAGAUUAGAACAUUUUAGCCAUAUUUCUUCAUGGUUCACGUUAAUGUUUUAUGAAGAAAUAAAAAGCGAGUUGUGCUUGUGGCUGUUGUAUUUGGAUGUUUAUUUGAAAUUUAUUUAUUAUUUUAUUCAAAAACGGUUUUUCGGUUGAACCACGGUUGGACCGGUGAACCAGCAACUAAAGCGGUUCUCAGAACCUUGAGGAACAGUCACAAUCAUGCCCACCAGAUGUUUGAGAAAAUGUUAAAGUAAGUAAGAAGCUCUUUUGUUUCAGAUAUCAAGGGUCAUGGUGGAGUCACUGGAAAUAUUUUGCUUGCUUUGAUAGAUGGCUAUUUUGGCCCUGAGUUUAUUGACAAUGGUUCGAUUCGAGAGUGGGAGUUUCAAUGGCCUACCUCCUCCGCGCUCUCCCAAGUUGACGCCACAUAGUCACAUCUCACUCACUAAGCCAUCUUGGGUUGUGAGAACGGAGUCAAAUGUUAAGAAGAAGAGAAGAAAGAAACCGGAUCCACAUUGUGUAGUCUGUGAGGGGAGUGGACGAGUCGAUUGCCACCAGUGUCGUGGGAAGGGAAGGACAAACCAGGUUCAUUUGGAAAUGCUCCCGAAAGGUGAAUGGCCAAAAUGGUGUAGAACUUGUGGCGGAAGCGGUCUUGGUUACUGCUCCCGUUGCCUUGGUACCGGAGAAUAUAGCUGACUGUCGUUUACAAUGCAAAUAAGUGAAGGGUGUGACAACGGACCUCGCCUUGCAGACUCCAUUGCACAGUGGAGCCAAUGGCAGUUGCUUGAUUCUCUUCUACCUACCGGCGGCUUUGCUCACUCUUUCGGCCUUGAAGCAGCAGUUCAGUCCAACCUGGUCUCAAAUCCAGAUGAACUCAAGACAUUCAUUAUCCAUGUCUUGGAGAACACAGGAAGCUUACUCC